AUGCUCAUGCGAUCACAAUUAUCUCGGCAAUGCCUAAGACAAUCCAUCGUCUACCCACAGGCCCGAAUAUCGAGAGCCCACGCGACGCGAUUACUGACGCGAGCGAACCCGAGGUCCUCGGGCUUUGUGCUCAAUUCCCCCCAUACUUAUGCCCACGCCCAACAACUGGCUGCCUUUUCCACAAGCUCGGCUAGGCGGAAGGGUGACAAAGAUGGUGACCGCGAUUUCUUCGACAAGUCCGUCGAGCCUGCCAAUGAAGACGAAGGCCAGGUGAAGCCUGACGAGUCGAAAGCAGCCGAGGAGUCGACUGCCCAAGAGACCAAAAAAUCAAAAUCAUCCAAAGAUGAUGAGCUAGCAGCUUCUACCAAGAAUGAGAAUGGACCCAAGGAUGGCAAAUCUUCCUCUGCCGGAAGCUCCGGUAGCGGCUCGACAGGCGAUGGCUCCGGGGAUGGUGGCGGCAAGAAGGGGAAGAAAGGAGGAGAGAGGGGUCUACAGAAGCCCGUCGUUCCCGAUGUCUAUCCUCAAGUCCUAGCCCUCCCGAUUACCAAGAGGCCCCUGUUCCCCGGCUUUUAUAAGGCGAUAACGGUUAAGGACCCCCAUGUGGCCAAUGCCAUCACCGAGAUGAUCAAACGAGGCCAGCCUUACGUUGGCACUUUCCUCUUCAAGGACGAAGCGAAGGACGAUGAUGUAAUACGGAAUGUGGAUGAUGUGUACGAUGUCGGUGUGUUUGCGCAAAUCACAAGUGCUUUCCCCAUUCAUGGCCAAGACGGUGGAAUUACAGCGAUUCUUUACCCUCACCGCCGCAUUCGCCUAUCUAGCUUAAUCCCCCCGACUACCACGACCGAUGCAAAGAAGGCCGAUGGCACCGCCGCCACAACAGUCCCCGAACCCAUCCCCCAGAAGCAGGCGGAGACUGAAGAACCAAAGGGCGAUGUCGUUGCAAGCUUCGAAGAGUCGGCAAUUAUUCCCAAACCCGACCCUAACCAGCCUUACGAACCGACCAGCUUCCUGAAGAAAUACCCCGUUAGUCUUGUCAAUGUUGAGAACCUCAGCGAAGAGCCCUACGACCCGAAGAGCCCCUUUGUCCGCGCCGUUACGAACGAAAUCGUCAAUGUCUUUAAGGAGGUGGCGUCCAUCAACAACCUGUUUAGGGACCAAAUAUCUACCUUCUCCAUGAGCCAGACCGGAAACGUCACGGCUGACCCGGCGAAACUUGCUGAUUUCGCGGCUGCUGUUUCUUCUGGCGAGACUGCCGAGUUGCAGGAGAUCCUGGCCAGCUUGGACGUAGAAGAUCGCAUGCACAAGGCUCUUACCCUUCUGAAAAAGGAGCUUAUGAACGCUCAGCUUCAGUCGAAGAUCAGCAAGGAUGUCGAAAACAAGAUUACGAAACGUCAGCGCGAAUACUGGCUGAUGGAGCAGAUGAAGGGUAUUCGACGUGAGCUUGGCCUCGAGACCGACGGCAAGGACAAGCUCAUCGAGAAGUUCAAGGAGCGGGCACGCAAGCUCGCAAUGCCCGAGGCAGUUCGCAAGGUGUUUGACGAAGAAAUUAACAAGCUGGCACACUUGGAAACAGCGGCGUCUGAGUUCAACGUGACCAGGAACUAUUUAGACUGGCUCACUCAGAUCCCCUGGGGCCAACGGAGCGUCGAGAAUUUCGGAAUUAAGCACGCGAGGACGGUUCUGGACGAGGAUCAUUACGGCCUCAAGGAUGUCAAGGACCGCAUAUUGGAAUUUAUUGCAGUCGGCAAGCUGCGGGGCACGGUUGAAGGCAAGAUCCUAUGUUUCGUCGGCCCUCCUGGUGUCGGAAAGACCAGUAUCGGCAAGUCGAUCGCCAGGGCCCUCAACCGAGAGUACUACCGGUUCAGUGUCGGCGGCCUCACUGAUGUCGCGGAAAUCAAGGGCCAUCGCCGGACCUAUGUAGGCGCUCUUCCUGGCCGUGUAAUCCAGGCUCUGAAGAAAUGCCAGACUGAGAACCCGCUCAUUCUCAUCGACGAAGUGGACAAGAUCGGACGUGGAUACCAAGGUGACCCUUCGUCCGCUCUCUUGGAACUUCUCGACCCCGAACAGAACGGCUCUUUCCUUGAUCACUACAUGGACGUACCCGUUGAUCUGUCGAAGGUCCUCUUCGUCUGUACCGCCAACAUGACCGAUACUAUCCCCAGGCCGCUACUCGACCGAAUGGAGCUUAUUACUCUGUCGGGCUACGUGGCAGAUGAGAAGAUGGCCAUUGCCCAGCGAUACCUCGCGCCUGCCGCCAAGGAGGCGGCAGGUUUGAAGGAAGCUGAUGUUCAGCUUACGGACGAUGCGAUUCACGAACUUAUCAAGUCUUAUUGCCGCGAGUCGGGUGUGCGGAAUCUCAAGAAGCAAAUUGAGAAAGUUUACAGGAAAGCUGCUCUCAAGAUUGUCCAAGAUAUCCCUGAGAGCCAACUUGAGGAAGCCCAACCUGAGGGUGCUUCUGCCGCUGCUGAAACCUCGUCGGAGGACACGGCCGCGAGCGAGACCGCAUCUGAAACUUCCCAGUCCUCUCAAGAGUCGGACGAAUCCGCGUCGUCGACCUCCUCGGCACCGGAGGAAGAAGGAACCGCCAAGACUGCGGAAGCCCCUCGUGCACUCAAGGUUCCCGACACCGUGCAUGUAUCCAUUGGAGCUGAUGGGCUCUCCGAGUACAUCGGACCCCCCAUCUUCACCUCCGACAGGCUCUACGACAUCAGCCCACCAGGCGUUUCCAUGGGCCUCGCCUGGACGCAGCUCGGCGGAGCUGCCAUGUACGUCGAGUCCAUCCUGCAAACGCCCCUGAGGCCCCACACGCGACCGGACCUAGAGAUCACCGGCAACCUCAAGAACGUCAUGAAGGAAUCCUCCUCGAUCGCCUACUCCUUCGCCAAGUCCUUCAUGGUGAAGGAGUUCCCCGACAACCACUUCUUCCAGAAGGCCAAGGUGCAUCUGCACGUCCCCGAGGGUGCGGUGCGCAAGGACGGUCCUUCCGCGGGUAUCACCAUGGCUACUUCCCUCCUCUCCCUCGCGCUCAACGAGCCGAUAGUCCCGACCAUCGCCAUGACGGGUGAGCUGACCCUGACGGGUAAGGUUCUUCGCAUCGGCGGCCUGAGGGAAAAGACUGUUGCCGCGCGCCGUGCUGGAUGCAAGAUGGUUAUCUUCCCUAAGGACAACCUCUCGGACUGGCUUGAGCUUCCGGAGAACAUCAAGGAAGGUAUCGAAGGCAAGCCCGUCGGCUGGUACUCAGAGGUCUUUGAUCUCGUCUUCCCCAACAUCGACAAGGAGUUGGCCAAUACCUGUAAGAUUUGCGAGUGGGCGCGGGAGAAGAAGAAGAACAAGAAGGACGAGGCGGAGGAAGAAGACUGA